UCUUCUUCUUCUUCUUCUACGCUGCCACAUCUUCUUCGGUCUUUGACGGGUUUGCUGCGAGGUAUGGUUUUGGAGGAGGAGGAAGAUCAUGAGCACGAUAUGGCCUCGGAGUGGGAGGAUAUCGAUCACGAUAUGGUCUCUGAGGAUGAUGAGGAUAUCGAUCACGAUAUGGUCUUGGAGGAGGAUGAUAUCGAUCACGAUAUGGUCCCGGAGGAGGAUAACGAUCGCGCGGAGAAGUAGUUGGAAGGAGGGAGUUCCAACGUCUCUCUGUAUCUCCUAUCAGUCGUUCUUUAGUAGUAGGUAGUAGCAGCAGCUAUAUAUCACAUGAUCGCAUCACCACUUCCC